AUGCCUAUUGCAAAUGGCACUAUGUUCAUACCCUCUGUGCUGACUUUCAUUGGGAUCCCUGGUCUGGAAACUAUUCAGUGUUGGAUUGGGAUUCCAUUCUGUGUUAUGUACAUCAUUGCUUUGGUGGGAAAUUCUCUGCUUUUGAUCAUCAUCAAAUCUGAACCCAGUCUCCAUGAACCUAUGUAUUUCUUUCUGGCCAUGUUGGGAGCCACAGACAUUGUACUUAGCACCAGCAUUGUCCCCAAGAUGCUUGGAAUUUUUUGGUUCCACUUGCCAGAGAUCUAUUUUGAUGCUUGCCUCUUUCAGAUGUGGCUUAUCCACACAUUUCAAGGUAUUGAAUCGGGAGUCCUUUUGGCUAUGGCUCUGGACCGCUAUGUAGCAAUCUGUUAUCCACUGAGGCAUGCUAGCAUAUUCACUCGACAACUGGUCGUGCAUAUUGGAAUUGGGGUGACCUUGCGGCCUGCCUUUUUGGUAAUCCCAUGCCUCUUGCUCAUAAAGUGUCGUCUGAAACUUUACCGAACCAAGUUAAUAUCCCACACUUACUGUGAACACAUGGCCCUUGUGAAGCUUGCCACUGAAGACGUUUCCAUCAGUAAAUUCUACGGUCUCCUUGGAGCUUUUGUUGUUGGUGGCCUGGACUUCCUUUUAAUCACCCUCUCCUAUGUACAAAUAUUUAUCACUGUCUUUCACCUGUCCCAGAAAGAGGCACGUCUUAAGGCCUUUAAUACAUGUAUUCCCCACAUAUGUAUCUUCUUCCAAUUCUAUCUCCUUGCCUUUUUUUCCUUUUUCACUCACAGAUCUGGAUCUUCUAUUCCAUCAUAUGUACAUAUCAUCUUGUCUAACCUUUACCUACUGGUUCCACCUUUCCUCAAUCCCUUUGUAUAUGGGGUGAAGACCAAACACAUUCGAGAUAAGGCAGUAAAGAUGUUGUGUUCCAAAGACCAGGCAUGA